GCCCUGGACCACGCUCCCAAUGCGUCUGAUGCAGUAAACCGAUAAAUACAUACCCAUCAACAUUGAUUUCUAAACGGACAAUACGAAUUUUAAGUGUUCGAGAAAUUAAUUCUAAACGUAUAUAAUUAUUGCGAGGGACAAUAGUAAAUAUCGAAGCCAGUGAGUGAAAAGACGUGCGAGUGUGAAAGUUGAUUCUAUUGGACACAAUAAGGUGGAAAUGUUAAGCUGGCGGGUACUGUUGUGUGUAAUUAUCAUUACAGUAUUACAGGACACCCAGUCGGCAAGUUUGCCGUUCCUAAGACCAGCACAUAUAGGAGAGACCAAUAAUGUAGAAAAACUAGGCACAAAAAUACGUAUUCCGGCUGAGAUGAUCCGUGCACGCGUGAGGGAGGGUGUACCACCGCCGCUAUGUGCUGGCAGGUGUGUGUCACCACCGGCAGGACCAGUGUGUGCUUUUGAUGCGACCGGAACCGCUAGGACUUUUGCUACAUUAUGUGAACUGGAAGCUGUAUCGUGUCGUGAAAGUACAUACUAUGCAAUAACAAGCAAUGGAGAGUGCUGACCUACCAAAGAAGAACUGUUCCUAAUAAAAUAAUCUAAAAGAAACCCGACAGAUUAACGUAGUAUACUAAACAUCUCUUAUGUUUCAAAACCCUUUCCGUCGCCAGUUCUAACGAAAACCUAAAUAAUUAAUGGAGAAUAAGGUUACAAAAAUGUACAAAACUCAGGGAUAAUGCAUUAUAACCAGUUAGCAUGUAAAUUAUUCAUCGCUCAUCGAAUUACAUAUGAUUCGAUUUCACAUGUAUUCCACAUAAUAUUUAGCUUAAGUUUUUCUAAGUUUCCAAUCAUACUGGUAUGUACUUGUUUUUCGGUUCCUAGUAUUAAGCCAUCAAGUAGAAUAAGUUGUCUUUUUAAUUUAUUGUACAAAGUACGAAAUGUCACAAUCAAUGAUGUGUGCUAAUAUCUUGAUAAAAUUCAAUAAAUUUAUCAAACACUA